GGUGAACCAGACAGCACCAGACGGGAAACAAACGGGUGCUGGUUGUGGCCUGAAGGCGUCUGCUGCUGUUGCUAGUGCUGUUGCUGGUUGCUGAGCCUCCGGGGCGUGCUGAGUGCUGAUUUACCUCCUGGAAACGAGAGAAAGCGAGGUAAGGUGACCAGAACUGAACCGCACAAUCAAGAUAGCUGGCGAAAUGGUGAGUGCGCCUCCCGCACCUGGGAAUGUUGCUCCUCACAUCCACCACAUCUGUCCGCCAUUUCUCCACUACAAAUACUGGUCUAGAGUAAGCAAUGGCACGCAAGAGAGAGGAGCGAGCCGUGCGCAGCAGUCAGCGGGCAGCCAAGAAGGCGAUCCAGAACGGCGGCCAAGACCCUAACUUUGUGUCCCUCAAGCAGCAACUCGUGGCCAUGGGACUCACACUGAGGGAGAUUCCUGGCGAUGGGAAUUGUCUUUUCCGUGCGUUGGGUGACCAGCUGGACGGCACCACCACCACCCACCACAAGCACCGCCAUCUGGUGGUGGACUACAUGAGGCAGCACCGCGAGGACUUCGAGCCCUUCGUGGAGGAUGACGUCCCCUUCGAGAGGCACUGCAACAACCUGGCCCAGCUGGGGACCUAUGCCGGCAACGAUUGCAUCGUGGCCUUCGCUCGCCUCCACCAGGUGUCCGUCGUCAUCCACCAACUCAAUACCCCACGCUGGCAGAUCAACGGCACCGACGGCAAGAAGAACGUGAUGGAACUGCACAUCUCCUACCACAACGGCGACCACUACAACAGCGUGCGGCGGCUAGGGGACUGCACUUCUGGACCGGCUUGCAUCAAGCUCACCACCACCACCCUCCCUGUCGCCGCCGCCGCCGUCCCCAAGGCUGCUAUCAAGGUGCUGGAGGACGAGGAGGACGAGGACGAGGAUGAAGACGAGGAUAAGGACACGAGGGACGAUAGUUUCGAGGCCCACCACCACCUGCCCUCUAUUUCGAGUGGACAGGAAGGUUUGAGUCGAGUGGAGAGGGAGUUGAUGGAGCAGACUGGUUGUGAGGACCUGGCGAUGGUGAGGGCGUACCUGUGUGCCCACGAUUACGAGGUGCGGGAGGCGGCUGAUGCCCUCAUAAAUUAUAUCGUUCAUCAACAUAAAGGAGAGCACCCCCAGACAUCACCCGGGUGUAGCAAUGGCCAGCUUGGUAGUCCCGAGGGUAGUGGACAUGCCUGGCUCGUGGUGGGGGGGGCUGGAGUGUCCCUGGGCCCCCAGUCCCUUCGCAAGGCGUCCCAGCAGGAGAGAAUCCAUCAGCGUCUGCGUACCCAACAGCACCUCUCCAACUCCAAGCGCAAGGAGCUCAAAAAGCAGCUAAGGAAACAGCAGGCCAAUGAACGCAAGCGGCAGCGGCAGACGGGGCUGGACUCCGAUGAGUUUGCUACCGAUGAAUCCGAGGUGAUCCUGGUGAAAGACAUCGGCUGCCUCAGCAUCUAGCCGCCCAGCGCCCGGCUGAAGGCUCUCAGGUGGAGGAUGGCAGGAGUUCACAGCAUACUUAUGUAAUCAAUUUGAUCUUGUUUCUCAUGUUACAAAAUGGUUUGAAUAAAAAUUCUGAAGGUUACAACAUAGUUGGUGAUUGUUUCAUGCAUUGUUUGUUUAACUCAACUAAUUUGUUGGAAGUACAGAUGUUUUGAGAUUGUAAAUGUAAAUCAUUGCAUUCAUAUGUGUGUGUUCAUCCUAAGUGUGUUAUCCAAGGUUAGUGAGGAAGUAGCAAGACCAAUGACUCUGGUGUCUGGGCCGCACACUGUGGCUGUUGUGUCCUUGUUGAGCGUUGUAGUCAGCAGCGGUGGCAGCCCAGUGUGCUGCUGUAUUCCUCAGCAAGGUUUAGUGAGGCAUGGGCCCCUGGGGCCGGGACUGGCUGGGUGAGCAGUAUGGCUGUGACCUCUGACAAAAUGGUCAGGAGUUUCAGCCUCAACUACCCAGCGGGGGAGGUGAUGCUCUCCUGACACCAGCCACCACGGCUGUAUGACUUUAACUGUUGAGAGCAGUGGCAUGCCUGGGAGAUGGUGCUGCGCCUCCUGUGUGGGGCUACUCACUGUUAUUACUUCACUAUGUCACACGGACGGGAGCGAGAGGGAGCAAGAAACUGGGCAGGAGACCGGAGGUGGGAGGCUACAAGCAAAGCUUCAGUUAUAGAGUGAUUGAUCAUGCAGAGGAGAUCACUAUUUUACUAUUAAAUGUAUUAUGAAAAUAAAAUUGAUAAAUUAU